GCGCCAGUGGGCCGCCAGAGUCCUGCAUCCCGGCGGAACCUGAAGAAGUCUGAACACUCUCGCUACCCCCGUCCUCAUUCCCGUCUUCACACCUGUCCAGUCACCUCGCACUCACGCUCCGUCCCCGCGCUCUGGGCUUCGGUCUCGGCGCGCCCCCAGGAAGAGCGCGAGACCUUCUCUUCCCUUCAGCGGGCUGUGCUGGAGGAGGCGGGGUCCACGGCCCGCCCCCUGCCGCCACCCCCCUCUCCCCUCCCGGCGGGUCUCGGGCCGGUGCCCGAAGAGAGGCGGCGGCCCCCGCAGCGGCCGCAGGAGGGGCGGCGGCGGCGGGCGCCGCAGGCGAUGCCCCUGCCCGGCUGCUCCGGCGGGGGACGGUGCGAGCGGCCGCGGCGGAGCUGGCGGGGGGCAGCGGCUGCGGCGGCUGCAGCAGAGGGGCCGAGAGCUGGCGGCGGCGGCGGUCGUGAAGGGCAUCGGUAGCGGCGGUGAUGGCAGUGUCGAUCUGAAGAUGGAAAGAGCCAGGCGGAGGGGAGGCGGCGGUGGCCGCGGCCGCGGCGGCAAGAAUGUAGGGGGCUCUGGCCUAAGCAAGAGUAGACUCUAUCCCCAGGCCCAGCACUCCCACUACCCCCACUACGCGGCUUCAGCCACCCCUAAUCAGGCUGGGGGCGCAGCCGAAAUCCAGGAGCUGGCCUCCAAACGAGUGGACAUCCAGAAAAAGAGGUUUUACCUAGACGUAAAGCAAAGCUCCCGGGGCCGGUUCCUAAAGAUAGCCGAAGUCUGGAUAGGGAGAGGCCGGCAGGACAAUAUCAGAAAGAGUAAACUGACUCUGUCCCUGUCUGUGGCAGCGGAGCUGAAGGACUGUCUAGGGGACUUCAUCGAGCAUUACGCCCACCUGGGCCUGAAAGGCCACCGGCAAGAGCAUGGCCACGGCAAAGAUCAAGCCUCCAGGAGGAGACAGAAGCACUCGGCACCCUCCCCACCUGUCUCUGUAGGGUCCGAAGAGCACCCUCAUAGUGUCCUCAAAACAGACUACAUAGAGAGGGACAAUAGGAAAUAUUAUCUAGACCUAAAGGAAAAUCAGCGGGGUCGCUUCCUAAGAAUUAGACAAACCAUGAUGCGAGGGACUGGCAUGAUAGGUUAUUUUGGUCACAGUUUGGGCCAAGAACAGACUAUUGUGCUCCCCGCACAAGGAAUGAUUGAGUUUCGUGAUGCCUUGGUUCAGCUCAUUGAAGACUAUGGCGAAGGGGACAUAGAAGAACGAAGAGGUGAAGAUGAUGACCCACUUGAACUCCCAGAGGGGACUUCUUUCAGAGUGGACAAUAAAAGGUUCUACUUUGAUGUGGGCUCUAAUAAAUAUGGAAUUUUCCUGAAGGUAAGUGAGGUGAGGCCACCUUACCGUAAUACUAUUACUGUUCCAUUCAAAGCUUGGACAAGGUUUGGGGAGAAUUUUAUCAAGUAUGAAGAAGAGAUGAGGAAAAUUUGCAACAGCCAUAAAGAAAAGAGAAUGGAUGGCAGAAGGGCCAGUGGUGAAGAACAAGAAUGCCUCGACUAGAGUGAAAUUGAACUCCAUCAGGCAAAAUUUAAAAUCAUAAAUUGGCUAAAAGUACUGAUCCAUAAUCACUUGAAGAAGUUUUUCUCUUUUUUUGGCCCUUUGUUAUUAGUAAUACCUCCAAUAGUUUAUACUUCAAGGAGUCUGAUUCUCAUGUUAUACAUAGAACAUUAUAAUUCUUAUGGGAAUUCCAGCCUUCCCAGAGCUAAAUAGUGUAGCUCUUCAACUGCUCCAGACUAUUGAAGUAUGCAAAUCAGCACAAAGUAUGACAUUCUGACCUUCUAAAUACCAUAACUAAGAUUUACAUUGCACUAUAACAUGAUCCUGAGAACAUAUACAUAUACUUAAUAUGGAAGUGUGAACUUCUAUUUAACCAGUUCCCCGAGAAAGUAUUCCAUCCCUACUUCAUUAAAAGCUGCUAAGCUUACCUGUAGCGCAGUUACCACAGAAACAGAAAUUGACCUCAAGUAUGGUAUUAAUAUAUUUCUUUAUAAAAGAACAUGUAGAAAUAUAUUAGUUCAUUGGAUAACUGAAUACCAAAAAGUACCAUGAAAAAAUCAAAUCUUACAGUUACGAUAGUAUUCAUAAUUUCAAAUUUUGUGGUAACCCUGCAGUUUAUAGUUGCCAUAUCAAAGCCGUGGGAGAGUUUUAAUUGGUUAUUCUAAUCCCAUCUUUACCUCUCUUCACUAUACCCUAUAUUUUUAUUGACGUUCCAAAGUUUGAGGAAUUACUUUUAUGUCGCUGUUGAGUGGGAGGCUUCAUCCUAUGGCUUUGCUCUGGAAAUCUUGGUGUUUUAGCCUUUCAUGCUAAUUUGAAGGUUGUGAGAGUUUUUUUCCCAAAAUAUAUCAUGGACUCAAGGUGUUAUAUUUUAUGCUUCUUCUUUAGCACUAUUUCAGAGGGGUUGGUGCACCAGUUAACUGAUACAAAAAUACAUCUGUAAUAAUACAUUUUAGUAGCACUUUUGCUACCCUUAAAACAGUGUCAACACUUCCAAUAGAAACCUGGCUUUUACAGGUAUUUUAAUUCCAGGGGAAAAAAAAAAACAACAACUCUUUUUCUAAAAAGCACUUAGAAUAUAAAUUUUCAGCCUGGGAAAAUUAUUUAAGGAUUGGUUAUAAACAUAUUUGAAAGGAAAAUUCAGGCAUUUUCCAAGGUGCUCUUUAUGAUACUUAAAAAGGCUUACUUUACGCAAGACUCACCCAUUUACCUGUAUUAAAAAUUACUUUCCAGGAAGUGCCACAGCAAUUUUUCAACACCUAAGCAAUUUUUAAACAAGUGGAUAAAGUGUGUAUGUGUACCAACCCACCCUGUAUUAACUGACUGGAAUUUUAUCUGUUGAGCUGCAUUUUAUUCUGAUUGAAAUUACUGUCUUUUAUCUUGGCUUUAUUCACCUCCCACACAAUAAGUCCAUAUAAUCAUGUUUAAGAGCCAGACACUGAUUUCAACCCCCAAAUAUAGCUCUCAUUGAUGAGAGCUGGCUGCAUGGAUUGAGAUCAGAAUGUAGCUCUCCUUUUAUAUGUUAUAAGUAGUUUAAAAUUAUUUUAAUAAUUUUUUCCUUCAGCAGUUUGUCCCUGAAUCCAUUUAAGUAAGGUCACUAAGAGAACUUUGUGAGUCAAGGAAAGAGUAUUACUGGCUUAUCUUAUUUAAAAACAAGCAAUCAGUAACCCAGACAUACAUGCUGGUAUUGGUUUUCAGAUUGUAUUUCAUGUUUCCUCAAGUAGUAUGAAGGAAUCUCAUUAGUUCAUUAUAAUUGUGGACCAUCUGGAUUACUAUGGAACAACUGAAGGUUAGAAGAUAAUGUUAGUACUAGAGUUAAUAGCACAUGGUGGGUGUUGAGACUCUAAAAGUAGCAAGGAUCUUUAAACAGUCCUAACUGUAAAAUAACUAUUGUAGACUUGAUAAAAAGUAGUUUUUGGUAUAUGAAGGAGUGAUGUGCACUUGAAUUACUGUACUACUGAUUGUUAUUGCUGCCCAUCAUAGUGCCUAUUAAUAAUUAUCAACCUGUCAGAUGUUGGCAAACGGGAGCGAUGAAUGCUCCAGUAUUCGAGUGUUCCUAUCACUAUUGCUAUGACUAUAUACUCUCUCUUAAAACCUUCCCUCCUAAAAUAUUUAUAUCCAUUAAAUCUAAAUGAUUUCUUUUUUGGUUUUUAGUCUGAUAAGAUUUGAGUGUUUAUGUCUAUAUAUAUACAUACAUGUGUGUAUAUAUACAUAUACACAAUACUAUGUCAGACUUAAAGAGAAAUACCUUUAAUUCAUUGUAUAUAAAUAUUAAUUUUGCAUUAAUUAUUUAAGUCAAGAAUUAGUUAGUAGCCAAAUCUUCUACAUUGUAUGUAUACUUCAAAGUUAUUACCAUCUCAAAGCUAUAGAUUGGUAGAUGCAUAUAUACCGGCAAUUGAAUAUACAUUAGAAUCACUAAACCUUCUGCCAGUCCUUUUGUUUCACUUUUUUAUAUGUAUUCAUUGAAAAAUGAAAUGAUGUUAUGAUUUUUUGAUACUUAAAAUUCCCAAUUAUUCAUUAGCCAUAAUCAAAUAAGAUCCAGUUCAAAACUCUGGUAUUAGGACAUGUAUUGCCAUGUAUCUUAUAAAAUAAGCUACUAUUUUUAUCUGUGCAAUAUACAUUUUAUUUAUUGUCAUUUGUAACAUAAGUGAAGCUGCAAGUGUACAUGGUAUUCUUCAAAAUAAUAGGAUCCCAGCCUUGAAGACAUUAAAACUCUCAAGGCAACUGGAUGUUAGAAGUCAAAAAAUGAGCAUUCCAAGUUAGUAACCAAAAUUACUAGUUCACUGUAUAAUUCUAAAACACUGAUGAUGUUUGCACAUAAUAACCCAAGUAUAAUGUGGUAAAGACUCAAAACUGUCAUAAUAUAAGCUAAUAGUAUGAAAUUUGGAAACGGGUUCCUCCUAAUAGUUGGCAGUGUGCUCCUAAGCAAUCGAAAGCAGCACUAAUCUGUUGCUUAUAUGCAAAAGAUGCAAUGUAUUAUAAAAGUAUUAAAAGUUCUGCCACAUUUUAUAAUUUUCCUUGUUAAAGCCCCAACUGCCAUGUCCCUUAAACUUGAGUCAAACACAAGCUUAUUUGCACUAAAGAGCAUGGCCAAAAAAUAAAUGACAGGGUGGAAAAGCUAGUUGGAACCUCUUGAAAUAAUUGGUUCUAAUGGGAGAAUUUCACAUUUGUCUAUUAGAAAGCUAUAUGGUCCAGGCAGACAAUCUGUCAGUUCACUAAUUUAAUAAUGCACUUUACCUUUUGUAUAUAGAGGAUGUACAUUUAUGCCACUGGACAGGUGGGAUGUGUUUCAAUAACUAUGUAGUUAGAAUCUGUAGGGUGAUCUCUUGCAUGCAGAUGUUUGUGUUGGAACUGCUAUAAUAACAAGUUUCCAUUAAAUCGGUGUAAUGGAGGAGGGUAGAAGAUGCUUUUGAAACAAAUCCCAAUACAUUUAACAAACACUUUUCAAGUAGAGUUCAUAUUUGUAUUCUUAAGACCUAAAAUCAAUUAAAAAAAAAACCUAUUUCUAGCCCAGAUUAGUAUUAGAGUUGAGACUCUAUCUAGUUGAGACUCCCUGUGAUACCCAUAAUACCCUGAAAGUUAAUUUUGGGAAUUUGUGCAGAUAAAAAAAAUUUUAAUAAUUCUGUUUCAUUGUCGAUGUGUGUUAAAAUGACUAAUGAAAAGACAGUACAUGAUACUGUAUUAGAAUUCAAAGUAUGGUUGGCUGAUAUGGCCUCAUUAAGAAAACACCCAGACUAAAGAAAUAAAGUUUCAAAUUAAGAAAAUGCAAAGAGCCAAAGAACCAUUGCUAAAAUAAACAUAGUAUUAUUUCAAAAUUUGCAGAACUAACUUUCACCGACCAAAAAGGGUAUUGGGAGAUUUAGUGUAUCCUUUCAUCCUAAAAACUUCCUGAGAUGUACAUUUGAAAACUAGAUAACUGUUGCUUAAUAAUAGGUUGUAUGUACUUUACUAAGAAACACUGUGUACUAAUAAUUCAUUGAGAAUAUGCUAUAUUUACUGCAUUCAUUUUAUAUAUAUGGAUAAGAAUACAUUAUAUAUAGUCAUUCUAUCUUAAUAUAUUCAUGUAUUUAUAUUGUAAUUUUGCAAAUAUUUUCAGUAAAAUAAACAUUUAUCUGAGCUGCACAAUUUGAAGAGGAUGAAAUUGGAAUACACCCUCAGACACUCAUUUUUAAUAAGCAGCUACCAUUGAAAGUUGAUGUAUGUACUAUCACUCCUUUAGAUUUUGUUUUAUGGUUUAUUUUAAUAUUUAAGUGAUUAGGACUCAAUUUGAACUUUUAAGUGGUGUUCUGAAAAUAAUUUUUAUAAGUGUGAGUUUUUUUCCCCUGCUUAUUUCAAAAUGUCUUUCAUUGGAACUAUUUAUAAAAUCCUAUUCCAAGCUUUAUGUAAGGGCUUGGCUUAGUCACCACAUAGUUUGAAGUCUGUCUUUACCAAAACACCAAACAUCUUUGGCAGGAUAAAAUCUAAAGUAAACCACAGAGAGAAGUUAAAAUUGAUUCUGUGCCAAAAGAAUAAUACAGGUAUAAUAUUUAUCACUGCCAAAUAAGAUUCUUAAAGUCCUUCUGAAGUUUCCUUAAAGAUUUCUUGAAUUUCAUAGACAAACGGUGGCUAAUGGCUAACCCAUCGGAGGAAGAGAGUAAAGAUGUCAGCAUGCUGGUGAGACAACCCAUAGUCCACAGUACUGUAGCAAUGAGGUACAGGGAAAAUGUGUUUUUCCCAAGUUAAGGUCAUGUGAAAUUUGAGUUUUUAGAUCACAGUUACUGUCAGAAAGUAAAUAUAACAAAAUUUAUGUAGGUGGAUCUCGGAAAAACAAUAUAUGCGUUAGUAUAUUUUCUUGUAUAAUGUAAAAAAAUUAGUCUUUUUUUCUUAAUUUGACGUGAUUGUUAAAAUUAAAUUUAUUUUAGUAGUGGGUUUUUAAUCAAUAUUUUUGAAUAGGGAAAACAUAUAUAUGGUACAAAAUUUAAAUGCUACAGUUAGUGAAAAGUAACAACCAGUGUUACCAAUUUCUUGUGUAUCCUUCUAGAAUUACUCUGAAUAUGCAAGCAUAUGUGUAUAUAAAUAUAUUCUUUUUGCACAUACAAAUGAAAAUAUAUACACUGUCUUGUACCUAGUAGUAUCAAUUUUGGAUGUCAUUUUAAAUGAAUUUUUUCCCUUUUAUUCAGAUACUAUACUUGAUCUAGUUAACAUAGCACUUAAUUUGAACUAUAUUAUUACACCAAGGGAACCUCAAGGAAAUUUUAAAUGAAUCCCAUUGAUAUUUACUUAAAAUGCAAAUAUAUGUAUAUAUUAAUUUAAAAUGUAUAAAUGUUUAAUUUCCCUUCCUAACCUAACCACCUUGCCCUUCCUGUCUUCCCAUCUUCCUUCCCGCAAAAGAAUAUUGGUCUUUUUCCUGAAGUAAUAUGGUUCAGGACUGGCAAGAUAUUAAGCUAUUUUACCAAGUAUUAUUUUAGCUUAACUAUGUUCUCCAAUGAAAAACACCUGUAUUUAAAAGCUUUAACAAAUUAUCACUUUCAGUCAAGUUUUUACUAAUUCUGCUAUUAUCUUAUUUUUAUCCAAAGACUUUGCCAUUAUGAGAGCAAAUGAGUGCUAGAACUAUAGUGAAAGGUUAUGCUAUGACUGUUGAAAUCUUUUGAUUUGUUAACAUGAGCUUUAUCUUUAUGAUGAUAAGGUUAUUAAUGAAUAAUGCCUUUAGCAACUUAUAGUCAAAUCCAUCACUACACAAAGGGGUAACACUAGUCCUGAUUGUUUAAAGCAUAUAUUCCCCCACAGAAGGACUCAGAGUCUGUCAGAUGUCCUUGGGACCAGAAGGGGUACUACAGUGAUUUGGAGAGAGAUGAAAACUUUGGGGCUAUGAGGUUUCAAAUACAACUAAACCAUCUCCAUUCUCUGCUAGAAGAGUAUAAAACAGUAAAUUGUUUUUUAAAAUGAAGUGAGCAUAAUGCUUUAAUAGUUUUUCAGACGAGAUCGGGCGCGUUCAGGGUGGUAUGGCCGUAGACAAUGCUUUAAUAGUUUUUCAAAACCUCCCCUGUCCAAAAAAAUCAUUAUUCUCUUUUCAUUCACAUCAAGCAUGUAUUUUAAAGUCACCUUUCUAAUAACCACCAAGAAAAAAUUAUCUGACAAAUUGAAAGUUCCGUAUUGGAACCCUGAAGGAUACUGUCUAGUUAUAAAUCAAAUCAACCAGAGUAAAAGAUCCAGUACUGUUAGAAAUACCUUAAAAUAUAUGAGAAUUGGGGGGAAUUUUUUUUAAUGGAUUUGUAUCUGUAAAUUUUAUGAAAAUGUUAAAAGGUUUGAAAAAUUCAAGCAUUGGUUUAAACUUCAGAAUAUUAUCUCCAUAAUUGGUGGCAUGAUUUUCUGUUUGUAAAAUGAGAGAGUUGUUAGAAGACAGAAUCCUCUUAAACAUAUAUAUUUAAAGCAUAAAAGAGUUUGUUUCUUUUCAUGAUCAAUAACUCAUCAUCCUUUGCAGAAUCUAUAACAUUGGUUAAAAUCUCCAGGUAUUUAUUUGUUCAAGCUUAAAAUGGUUUAUAUGUUUUGCUUCUUAUUUAAAGAAAGGGGUCAAAACGAAGGUAAAUUCUCCUGCAGGAAUGAGUUUUGCUUAAAUUUAGGCUGAAAAAAAAUUAGGAAUCUCCCAUCCUUAAUCAAGGAGUUUCCCGUGUUAGUACUUUCUGGUAAAUUAUGUUUUCCAAGCUAUCUUCUUUCAAAAAUCCUUUGUGAGAAAUUGCUUAUUCUUAUUGAGGCCAGUGACAUCUACCAGUGAAUAAAAACUUGACUCAUAAUGAAAUUAGUGCUGCUACAGUGAAGUUAGUUUGUGAUGUGAAUAUAAAGAAAAUACUCAUUUAAAUGGAAUAUACAGUUUCUUCUUUUCUGUUGUUGACUUAUUUCUAAGACUGAAUAGGAGUUGCUUAUCCUCUCAUUUUUCCCCCUUGUAUACUUAGUUUCUAUGUUAUUCUAUUCAAAAUUUUCAUUGUUCCCAGGAGAUAAUAGAGGUAAAGAAAAGGGAAAGUAAUCCCUAAGAAAAAUGUUCAUAGUAGUUAAAAGUUAGAGUUGCUCAAAGUGUAAGAUUGGGGGGGAAAAUCCUUUUGUGGGUUUUUGUCUUUAUCAAAAUGAUGGUAUAAAUCCAUUUGCUUUAUUUGAUCUGAUUAAAGACAGACUUUCUUUUGAGAUGCCUAUAUUCAGAAAUAUUUAGUAUCUUACUUAGAGAAAAUGGUUCUGUAGUAUAGUACAUAUUCUUCAGAAUUUUAUUUCUUGUGGAUUUGAUGAGGUUGUUGCCUAGAGGUAGCAAAUGUAUAAGUAAGAGAGAAGAGAAAAGUAGUGGCUUAUUAUUUUGUUUGCCUAUAACAAAGGAAAUCAGUAUAACUGAAAUGGGAGAAAUAAGACAUUCUCAAAACUAAGUCCCUACUUAUUUAACCUUUAAAAGAUCAUUUGAGAAAGAAUAAUAAGACCUAAUUCUGCCAGUGGAUGGCCUCUCAGCAAACCAUUUAACUUCAGUAGGAUGACUUCCUUUUAUGAAACAUGAACAAGGGGCUCCUAGGUUGCUCAAUCUGUUAAGCAUCCGACGCUUGGUUUCAGCUCAGAUCAUGUUAGGGUUGUGAGAUCGAGCCCUGUGUAGGGCUCCAUACUCAGCUCAGAGUCUGCUUGAGAUUCUCUCCCUUCCCCUCUCUGCCCUACCGCCCACCCCUCUCCCCAGUCCCGCUCGCUCUCUCUAAAAAUAAAAUAAAUAAAAUCUUUAAAAAAAUGAGCAAGAUCAUGCUAGAAGCUAAGGUUCCCUCCCACUCUAAACUUCUAAAAUUCCUGUGUCAAUGGAAUGUGAAAGAAAAGCAGAGAAUACCAGAAUUGGAAAGUGUAAGACAGUCUCUCUUUAUAUUAAAAACAACUGUAAUAAUGCAGCAAUCUGUGAUGAUACCCAAAGAACAUGCAGAAGUGGCAGUUUUUUAUCACAUGUAUGUAUCUCUUGAACCACACAAAAUGAAAUUUUGUUCCUAGUCCUUUUUAAGAUCAAAUUGUUAUAUGCUAACUACGUGACUAUCCUAUGCUUUAAUUAUUUUAUAGGAAUAUUUUUAUUAUCUAUAUGAGGUCUUAUCCUUGGAAGCAUCACUUGUUUCUACACAUUCUGUGGUCACUUCUUACGUUGUGCAUGGCAAAAGAAUUUUAAAAAUAACAUCAUUUCCUGAAAUGUCAUUGUACCUGAAAUAAUCUUAAAUUACAUUGCUAAAUAAUACACUGCUACUAUCACUGCAGGGACCCCUGAGAAUGAAGUACUACCCUUGACCUCUAUUUCCUUGGUCUAUUGAACAUAGUAUGUUACAAGUAAUGAUGUUUAACAAAGGAAAUCAGGAAGGGCACUGAACUGUGAACAGUAGGGUUCUACUUUAGAGGACCUGUAACUACUAGGGUGUGCAAAGAUAAAACAUUAUCAUGAGUUUGUUUGUUUUGUUUUUAGCCUUGAGAAACUACCAAGGUUGAUGAUUGAAGGGGAAGAGAAGAACACACAAGGAUUUUUGUCCCAGGUGCAUUUAUUUAAGUGCCCCAAUCGUCCACUGUCAAUAGAGCACAGGGAAAAGAGAGACCUCUCCCCCUAGACCUCUCUUUUUGGUGCCCGUUUGUUUAUCAAAGAAAGUGCUUCAGAGUAACCAAAGUGUAUUUUGAAGUGUGUCUACACAUGUGUAUUUUACUAAUUCCAAAAAUAUCUGUGCACAUAAAAUUCCAUUGCAGACAUACUCCAUAUACUAAAACAGCUUUUAGCCUGGUGGUGGUUCACCAUAGCAAUCUGGUUGGUCACUUCUCUACAAAUUCUAUAGAGUGAGUUGGCUGUUGUAAUGUUUUUCUCCUCCCUCUUCUAGAAAUAACAGAUACAUUUUAGGUUCUUGGUUGUUUCUUCUUCAGUGUUGCUUGAAAUCUAAGUGGGAUAUGAGAGAAUAGUUUAGUUGGGCAGUUACUUGCCCUUGUCAUUUUGUGGAAAUUGUCUGUAGCUUCCCAUUUUAAACAUUCUCAGCAACUUUACCAAAAGAAAACACGUAAGUGCCAAAACUAUCCAGCAAAUAAAAUAGCAGAACCAUAAGAAGUAAGGAUAAGGGGGCGCCUGGGUGGCUCAGUUGGUUAAGCGACUGCCUUCGGCUCAGGUCAUGAUCCUGGAGUCCCGGGAUCGAGUCCCUCAUCAGGCGAGUCCCGCAUCAGGGAGCCUGCUUCUCCCUCUGACCCUCCCACCUCUCAUGCUCUCUCUAUCUCAUUCUCUCUCUCAAAUAAAUAAAAUCUUUAAAAAAAAAAAAAAGAAGUAAGGAUAAGGAUAUGUACAAGACACCUAGAUACAAAAAAAAAAAAAAUCCUUAUCAUUUGCUAAUUUGCUUCAGAAGCUGCUGUAUUAUAUUUCUAGGUUUUUCAGACUAGCAAUGUGACUUAUACCAAUGACUGACAGUCUAGAAUCUCAAUAGGAUAAAAUAGUUUGAAAGUUCAGUUGAAUUUAUUAUGGAAUUUUAUCUUUUGCUGUUCUCCAGAAAGGGUAAACCAUGCUUUAGUCAUAUAUAAAAAUUGAGUUCUAAAAUUCCAUCACUCAUAAUUUUCUUCCCUUCUUUUUCCCCCUCUCAUGCACUGUACCCUGUUGGAAGCGGCUAAGAACACUAAUUUCUCCCACUACCCCCAUGGCCCCACUCCAUCCUAUUUAUUUGUUGAGGUGACAAUUGAAACACAAUAGAGAAAGGCUAAAGGAAUCGCCCUAUGAACUAGACCUAUAGUCCAAGAAAGAAGGGCUACUACUUCACUCAAUUAAUCUCAACACUCCUACCACAUUUCUUCUAUACAGCAAUUUAGGAAUGUGGUAGAAUAGAAACAUUUCACUUGGGAAAUAUGGGCUGAAAGUUCAGUUAAUCCAACUUUUCAGUACACAAUGGAUCUUCAGGAAAUAAUUUGACUAGCAUAAUUGACAGGUAAUUUCAGAAAUGAGUUUAGCCUCUAGGAAAAUUGCACCAUGACCGUUUUUAAAGAGAAGGUGGUAACAAAGGAGGAGUCGAUCAAGAUUUAUUAGUACCAACAGCUGUUACUUAUUGAAUAUCUAUCAUAUAUUAGGCAUUGCUGAACCCCUUGUAACUCUUCUAAUCCUUAUAGCAACCCUAUUACCGACCCAUUUUAAUAUGAUUUUCCAGAGAUUUCCGAAACUGGUUGAGUAUUUCAGAACUAAUAUAUUUGAACCCAAAUUGACACCAAGCCAAAGAUUGUACUCAUUCAAUUAGGCCAAACUAUCUUCAAGACUUACCCCAAAAUGUAACCCCCUGACUAAUAAAGCACAGUCUACCUUCAAACACCACUGGUAAAUCUGCCUCAGAUUACUAGGAAUUAUUUUAUCCAAAACUAAUCCCUAUAUAUGGGGCAGGUGCCACCAGAAGACACUCCUUAUGUAAGGGUUCAUCUAGUUCGUUGAAAUUCAGCACUAAUAAAUACAACUUAUUUGAUCUUUAGUAUAGUCUACAGAUUGAACCUCUCAUCUCAACCAGCUAUUUUAAAUAAAUGUCAGUAAUUUUGAAAAGAGAUCAGAUGAUGAGAAUAUAUGGGUCAUCCCAAUUUAACCCUUAAGGGCAGAGAGGAGACAAAUUACUAUUUACCAUGGAUCUACAAUUUCAUUUUCAUGAACCAAAAUCAACUGGUCAUGUUGAAUUGAUUUGGAAAUAAGUCUUGUCAAUAUUAGUGAAAAGUUUAUUGUUUCUUGCAACUCUUUUUACCAUCUUACUCUUCCUAUAUCACGCCACUUAUUUUUAUAUUUCAUUACCAAGUUUCCUCCUCUUUUCCUUAUCCCCAGCAGAAUAAACUGAGAUGACUACCCUAUUUACAGAUACACAUUUUUCUCCGUGACUCCAGGCCAGUGGUUUUCAAAUUUUGGUGUGAUUAAGAAUGACCCAGAGGGUUUGUUAACACACAGAUUGCUGGCCCCACUUCCUGAGUUUAUGGUCUAUAGGUCUGGGGUGGUGAGGAGAGGAUCAAAAAUAUGCAUUUCUGACAUAUAUCCAGGUGAGCUGAUGCUGCUAAAAUGGGGACCACACUUUAAGAACCACUGCUGUAUGUUGAUGUGAUUUUACCUUAACUAUAAGACAGUGAAGGAGAAAUAUGGUCAAAAUAACUGUAGCAUGUUGGUAGAAAGAAGACUCAGAGCUAUUCAUUCUGCCUUGAGAAAUUUACAAAUCUAAAACAGUAUUUUUUAUAAAUUGACUAAGCUUUAGGUAAAAAUCAUUUUCUUCUCUUUUUAUCCUUUCAUUACAUUCAAUAACUUUCUUCUCUAUGAUUUUUUGACAUCACUCUUGAGAUAAUUCUGGUAGGGAUUAACAAUUAUGAAUUUUUAUAUGAAAAGCUUGGCAUUCAAAUUUAUGGAGACUGAAGCAUAUUUUUAAUUUAUUAAAUAACAUAUAUAAAUCUUAGUAAAGGAAAGUAAAUUAUUUCUAUACUCAACAGUUAUUAAUACAACUGUUAGUGAAUAUUAAAUAUUAAGACUUGAGGGGAUCUUAGAAUUAGUUCCGUCCCUCAAUUUUACAUUUUAUGACAUGUCAUGUAGCUCAAAUGGUUCAUAAUUACUAAAGUAAGCCAGGUAAACAGAAAAUAAAAGCUAAAGCUUAAAAUGCUGAUUGUCUCUUGAGAUAUAUAAAUGAUAAGAAAUAUACUAAUUUUUUUAAAAGCGUAUGUUUUCACCUUCUUCCUGUGUCUUAUCUAUAUGUGUAGGAUAGAGGAACUAUAUAUGUACUGUAAUGUAUUUAUGGUACUUUUUUCAAAUUAACAGUGGGACCCAUUGAUUUAAAUUUAGAGAUACUUCCCAUGGAUGCUCAUUGAGCAUAUUUGAAAACAUAACUAACAUACUUAAAAAUAAUUGAGAGUAUGUUUGCUAACCUGUGGACAUUCUAUAAUUAAUGAGUUGAUCAAAAUUAAUAAAACAAUAUUUUGUAUAUGAAUCUAUAUAAUUAAUAUAUAUGACAUAACCUUAAUAGCUCUCAUUCCAGUGGAUCACAUUUUAUCAGAAAUACUAGAUCAUUCAUAUAUACACAUUUGGUUGUUCUGCAAGUUCAUUAACUUCUCUUUCCAACUACUACUCCUUCGAUGGUUAGUGCUCCAGAACAAUGAAUGAAUUCCUAAUUGUGAAAAAGAUGAACGUAACAGAGAUAGUCACCAAGUCAAGAAGAUCAUUACGGGCAGUAUAACUUUUUUAAAAAUUCUCUGUCCUGUUUGUAUUCUAACUACAAUUUAAAUUUUGGAUUUAAAAAAUUUAAGUCUUAGAAUUAUAAUCUGAGGAAGCUUCAGGCAGAAUAAAGAUCUAUAGGAGAUUUAUAGGAAAUUUCAGCUCAACAUGAGGGCAGACUUCAAGAAGUAGUGUUGCUUUCCUGUUGCUGAAAUUUUUUAAGGCAGAGAAUAGACAUGCACUUAAUUUAGGAUGUGCAAAGGGAAUUAAUAAAUCAGAAAAAAAAUGGAUUGUUAUUACCUUGAAGAUUCUUUUCAACCCUGAAAGACAGGAUUUCUUGGGAAUACUUGGAACUUUUGUAUUCAGGUCUUCUGUUAAUGUCCCAAGUUGGAUAAAGAAGUAUGAUUUCAAUUUUUCUAGUAUUAUUCUGAAAACAUGUUAAGAAAAAAAAAUCAUUUACUCCCACCCCUUGUUAUUGCCAACACAACAUAAGAGAUAUUUUCAAAUAUUUAUGAGCUGUACUAAUUAAAUGAAUUAGUUAAGAUAGGUUUCAUGAGAUUUGCCCUGCAAAAUUAUGUCUAUCUUUUAUGAUUUUCAUAAGAAAUUCUUCACUUUUAAUCAGAUUUUUCAGAAGCAACCAUAUGAAGGAAUGAACAUGUUACUUAUGUUGCUCUUUCAAAAGUACCUGCUACAGGUUUAUUUGGAAAGACAUAAGUGAUAGUACAGUAAAUUAGAAAACCAAAUCAUUGGAUAUGAUCAAAGUUUUUCUUUGUAAAAAUCUAGAUUAAAUUUGUUUAAAGGUUGAAGCAAUCAAAUAAUAUUUUCCUUCUCUAUUUCUUCUUGCAUUACAAAUUUAAGAUGGAAAGAAACAACAUGGUUCGCUAUUCCAUCUUAAGAACAAGAUUCCAAGUAGGUUGAUUCUUGCUACAAAUAAUAUACGUGAUUCUUUCCAGGAGAGUUUCAAGGCUUUAUACAGGGCAAAAGGGUAGCCGUGGCAAUAAUAUCUAAAUUCAGGGAUCUAGUAUGAACCAAUAUGAAACUCAGUUCUCACUUGCAGGGUCCACUUUUUCUUGUCCUUCUUUCAGGCAUCUUGUGCUUUCUCAUGAUACUAUAACAUUUCCAAAUUUUGGUGGACAAAUAAUAAUACCUUUUAGAGAGAGAGCUGAUUAAGUCAAAAUAUAUUACACCAAAGUCUAUAAACUCUAUCUGCAUUACACAUUUCUAAAUAUUUAGCUAAGUGAAUUUUACUCUGCACGAAUAUUACAUGUGUGUGCGUACCUGUGUGUGUGUGUGUGUGUGUGUGUGUGUAAAACUUUAACGAGAACCCACUCUCUCCCACACACACCCCCUCCAUGCCCCUGGAGAAGUACUGACAAAUUGGUUUCAUCUUGUUUGUUACUACAAUUGAUUGGCUGCCCUAAAGUGCUAUGUUGAGAAUUUGAAAUCUGCGUCUAUAGGGAAAGAGAGAAGAACAACAUUCAUGCCAAAUAUUUGCUAUUUGUCAUCCCUGCUUUAGAGCUAUAAAAGUUCUCCUUAUAGCUCUAAAAAUUUCAAGCUUAGCCAGGCAGCUGGUUCUUGCAACACAGACUACCAUUUGACUCACUUAAGUAUAUCUCUUCUAAUAUUUCAAAGAGAUUGUUUUAAUCCAUUAAUCCCUCCUUGAAAACAGUAGAGACUCUCUGACGUGCCUCUAAGGAACUCAAAGAAUCAUGGCCAUGAUGGUGUCAUUAAGAAUAUCCUUGAAUGGUGUAUUUGCCUCUAAUGAGUUCUAACCACCGUUAAAAUGACAGAGGUUUCUCUCUUUAAAAUUUAGUCUGGUCAUUCUCAAACAUUCAUGUACAUAGCAUAUUAAACAUGUAGGUUCUGGUCCCCACCCCCAGAGAUUCUGAUUCGAUUGGUCCAGAGUGGAGUUCAGAAAUUGGCAUUUUUGUCUUGCUCUUUCUGAAUUAGGUAUGGAGGCCAUUCUUUGUCGUGGCCUUAAUUUGCAUUCUUUCUUCCAUAUCAUCUUUCCAGCUGGAAUUGUUUAGAUUUUAAUACUGUCAGCCAAAACGAUUUUUUUGGUUAUCCUAUCAACCUAGGGCUCACUGUAAACAUAGAGAGGCUAAAUACAUAAAUCCAAGUAUUUAGGACUUUGUACUAUCAUAUUGUCUAGCUUUCUGGGCAAUGAUCCCUGGGAAUGCUAGUUUCUCCCCCACCUCCUAUGCUCAAAUUCAAACUACUUGGACAUGUAACCAUUGGUUACAUUUCAAAAUUCAAGAUUUCAAAACCAAAAUAUUCUGUCUUUCCAGCCUGAGUCAACUCCAUAGUGAUUUGUCUUUCACUUUCUCACAAGUUGACCCUCCAAGUCUCAAAUGACUUUUCUCAAUUUUUUUUUAGAUAUAAACUCACAAUUUAUUGGGAGUACAAGAAAUAUCCUUAGUCAAUCUGAAUACCUCACUCUUCUGAUCUAAUUCAACUCUUUUUUUUAAUUGUGGUUUUAAAAAAGCACAUAACAUAAAAUUUACCAUCUUAACCAUUUCUAAAUAUGCAGUUCAUUAGUGUUAAGUAUAUUCGCAUUGUUGUACAACCAACAUCCAGAACUUUUUCACCUUGCAAAACUGAAACUCUAAGCCCAUUGAACAAUCACCUAUCCCUCCACCCCAUCCCCUGGCCACCACCGGUCUACUUUCUUCUCAACCAUUUUUUUAAAUAAGCAAGAUACCUGCUUUCUCCUAUCAAUAAUGGGUUUAUGGCUAUCGCUACUUAGCUCUCCAAGUAUAAUCCUUAUAUCCUGUGUUGUUAUAAUUCUCGCAUGUAAAAAGAUUUAUAUUUGCAGGGCACCUGCAUGGCUCAGUUGGUUAAGCCUCCAACUCUUGAUCUCAGCUCAGGUCUUGAUCUCAGAGUUGUGACUUCAAGCCCCACGAUGGGCUCCACACUGGGUGUGGUGCCUACUCAAAAAAAAAAAAAAAAAGAUUUACAAUUGCAAAGCAAUUUUGCUUAUAUUAAGCGAUCCUUAUAAUCUUUGGGGGGCUGCAAAUGAAAUAUAUCUGGUCCUGGAAGCUUUCCUCUGAGUUACAAGGAAAGGUAGCCUUUAUUCCUCAUGAGACCUAUGGGAUUCCAGAGGGACACUUUUUGUAUGUUUGUUUGUUUAAGGUUUGAGGUUAGAAUUACCAGGGCAGUUAAACUUAAAUCAUGGCAUUUCUAUAGAUUUUUCCUAUGUACAUUCUAGGAUUGUUUUCUCAUUACUUAUGUAGUAGAUUGGAAAUUUGUCUGGAAUUUGGCAGAGUUAAUGUUCAGAGUUAAAUGCUUUCAAAGUCUUUGCUGAGUCCAAUAUGAAACUUUACCUUUAAAGCAGCUUUAUUAGAGGGCGCCUGGGUGGCUCAGAUGGUUAAGCGUCUGCCUUCGGCUCAGGUCAGGAUCCCAGGGUCCUGGGAUCGAGUCCCGCAUCGGGCUCUCUGCUCCUUGGGAGCCUGCUUCUCCCUCUGCCUCUCUCUCUCUCUCUCUCUCUGUCUCUCAUGAAUAAAUAAAUAAAUAAAUCUUAAAAAAAUAAAAAAAUAAAAAAAAAUAAAGCAGCUUUAUUAGAAAUAUAAUUUGGGGGCCCCUAGGUGGCUCAGUCCGUUAAGUGUCCCAACUCUUGAUUUCGGCUCAGGUCGUGAUCUCAGGGUCGUGAGAUCGAACCCCACGUUGGCCUCCGCCCUGGGCAUGGAGCCUGCUUAAGAGUCUCUCUCUCCCUCUGCCCCUCCCCCCCUUUAAAAAAAGAAAAGAUUAAUAAUUGGGGAGGAAAUAGGCAUAAAUAAAAAUGCAUUUUAUGCAAAUGGAGUGUUUCAAACGCUCUUUUCAAAAUCUUUGACAGUAAGAAAAACCCUAACCCCAAAAAUAUUCUUAAUACUCUUAUUUUUCAAAAGUUUUUUAAUUUCUCUGCCUCUGUUAUUAAAAUUUUUUAAGAAGUUGAUAAAACGUUAAAUCCUACAAGCAAUACCCAUCUAAAUAAACGGAAAUGCUAUAAUUAUGAGUAUUAUGCUUAUGAUUUUGACAUAGAAAAAAUGUACCUUUUCUUGGCCUUAAUUAUCUUGGAACUAACACAAAAACUAGUUGAUAGUGAUUCUCAGAUAAUGGUAACUAAAUCUUUCUUCACCUUAUGAAUUUAACAAUUCAAUUCAUAAUAUGAAUGCAUAUGACUUUUUCAGACAAAUGCUAUUUAUUUAGAACAAUUUUAAAUAAUUUCAUAAUUUUUGUAGCACCCAGCUAUUUCUUUAAUGAUCUCCUGCAAAGUACUGAUAAUAUUUACUUCAAGGAAAAUUCUUUAAAAUUGAAUCUCAUUAUUCCUUUGAUCUCCAUUAUAAAAUUAGAAAUGUUUUCUCAAUAAGAUGAACAAUUUUUUGAGUUGAAAAUAUUUAGUGAAAGAGUUGUAGUGCAUCCGGUUCAGUGACAUACUAAGCAAUUACUCUUUUUCCUUUCCAGUUCCCGUCACUAUUUAAGAUCUUUCCUCAUUGCUCACCAUUAUCACUCCUAAACCACAGAAAUUCAUCGAGCGCCAGCCAUGCAAUCCUCAGGGCACACACUGCCAGCCAUCCAGAACUUAACCUCUCCUCCGUUGUCGCUAAU